AUGUUUUCCACAAGCACCCCGGGUCAAUUCCAGCUAGCUCCCAGAAAUCCUCGCCGACGACAACGAGCUCCGGAUGAUGCAGCCAAUCCUCCGAACGCGAAAAGGCAGAGGUCGAUACAACGCGACGAUGCAUUCGAUGUCGUAAACGGCAAGGAACGGAGCGAAGCUAAACCCGGUUUUAAGGAAUCGGAGGAUGAAAGCGAAGUAAACAACGAGCAUUAUUUUGUCCUUCAUUUAUCCUCGCUUCCAGCAAGGGUCAAAGAGGUUUUGAAUGGUUGGUUCCGCCUUCAAAGAUCAUAUUCAUGCCAUACCCUUCUAACUCCGCCAGUGCCUUUUCGGUGUGUCAUUUCCCAAGAGACGAGAUAUUGCCUCGCCAUCACCCAAAAAAGCGCGAUUCUUUGGCCCUAUCCGUCCUUCUCAACCUCCUUGGCUACAAAUAGCGUUUCCGUGCUUCCGUUUUCCGAAACAUCAGCUCCUUCGAGCGACACCUUGCCCUUCGGAACAGUUAUAUCUGCCUCAGCUCACCCAGAACCUGGUUUGAUUGUCGUCGCGCCGUCGACCGGGGAAGUUUUCUUCUGGGAGACUAUUUCGAAUCCCACGAUACUUGGGCGGAUUAAGCGGAAACAUAAUAGUUUACAGAGCACAAUUCCCGGCCUUCUUUCAGGCGAGCACGUCACAGAAAUCGUCAAUGUCGAGCCGGCCGGGAUCAUAGUUAUAUUAUCCACAGGGCGGCUUUGCCAAGUUUCCAUCCGAGAUUCCCAGGGCAAAGCGGCCAUCGACUUUCAAUUCCUGAAUAGCCCGUCACGGUCGCAAAGCGGCGGCCUACUCGGUGGGAUUAGAAGUAUUCUCUCAAGCACUGCCUGGAGGAGGAAUAUAGCUGCCGCCAAGGCUGGAAAAUCACCUCGACGUGGAUACCGUACGCUUGUAGUGGCGACGAAUUCGGGGUCGAUUGAAGCCUGGGAUACCCAUUGGAGUAGCGGCAGUGUUUUUAAAAGUCACGUCGACGUGGCAAAGCCGAUCGGCCAAGCGUUGGAGAAAUAUGACAUGUUCGCAAAUGAACCUCACAUUUCCUACCAGCUCAUCGACUUCACAAUUCGCGAAAAUGACAAUUCCAUAGAACCGGAUGGGGUGGAAGACAAAUACUCACUUUGGGUUCUUUAUUCUGUCACUCGACAGGAAUUGAACUUCUACUUUGUUAUUGAAGUAAGUAUCCAUGGCGCUCAAGUCACAAUCGGGCGUGUACGCCAGAUUCACUAUGAACCAGUCAUGCCACAACCCACGAUUUCAAGAGUGCCGCGUAUUUACGUCCCGGAACCCGAGCAUACUGGGUUUGUUAUCUUUGAGAAUGGAAUCGUCUUGCUGUCCUUAGUGCCGUUCGAAGAAUCGCCAUCUUCGCAGCUUUUGUUUGGUAACGAGAUUCCCUCCCCAUUCCAGGACUAUAUCAGAUUUCGAGACGGAAACGGCUACUCUAUCAUUGGAUGUGGGCUUGAAACCCCGAAAUUCGGUCAAAAUAGCCCAUCUUGCGUUGUGAUGGUUCAAAAUUUCGGUUUGAUCCGUAUCUCCGUCCGCCCUCGACCAAUAUCUGGCAGUGACGUUGACGAGAGCAGGAUAACGACUCAAUCCCGACUUGAGCAAGUGGUGUUUUACGAUACGAAACAUAACCCUAUUGAUCUUACUUGCUAUGAAGAACUCCAUACGUCAGCGAGCGUGCUCGAGGACGCAGCUCUCAGACUUAGCGACGAGAUUCUACAAUCCAGCUCCAAAUUUGUUUCCACGACAGUUCCAAGCUUAGACGAGCAAAUGCAAUUGCGCUCUGCAGCACUACGCUCGUUAGGAACUUAUCUAAGCAACCAGCAUGCACAGCUCUCCUAUUCCGCAAAAUGGACUCUUCUGUCGCAAGCGGAAAAGAUGGCCGCUCAUAGGGCAGUGUGGAAGGCCCAGGAAUACAUGUGUCGAAGCUCCAAAAAUGGUGGGCACUAUCUGGAAUUCGUUUUAAAACACAUGGGGGAAGAGUUUCGGACCCAACUCGACGCCAACUCAGGAGAAGAUGACAUUGUUCGACAUUGGUUUAUUCAUGACACAUGGCAAAUGGAACUUAUUAUUCCUUGGAUUUUACAUCCCAUGCAGGAUGUUUCUGCCAAAGGUAUUCGAGUGGACAGGCAGCUCAUUUGGCGAAUCUGGCAAGCAAGUGAACUUUCUUUGGCUGUUUUAGAAACGACAUUCCGGUUUCGGGACGAAAAUGCUGGUCUAUAUGGGCUUGAAAGUUCCCACCCGGACCCUGACUACCCUCUGAUGCCUACUUAUACUGAGCUUCCUGCUCUCUGGACAGCACUAAAAACCAAUUACUCCGAAAGUGAACGACUACUUGACGCCGAAUUGAACAUUUGUCUCCAAUGGAUGAAGCAAACCGACCCCAAAUCUCGACAGUCAGAUCGGGAAACCUCCGAGAUAAUCGAGCGCAUCAAAAAGAAUGCUCCAAAAGCGUUCAAAGUGUUAUGGCGGUUGUAUAUGGAACAACUUCAUUGGUAUACUUCCCAGGUUUCAACGGACGAACGGGAUGCCGUAAAAGAGCUUCAGUCAACCUAUCUUACGCACCGUAAACCCCAUCUUUAUAAGAUAGCGGCGAUGGGCUUACUGGAGGAGUCUAUGACUCUAGCAGAAGAUUUUCAGGAUAUGGACGCACUGGUAGAGCUGAUAGUCGAGCUAGAAGAUGAAGUUGGAAAGCGUCAUCCGGCGGGAGCGGGAGACCCAGCGUAUGAUGCCGAAACAGAAGCUUGCCAGCUCAGAAUUGACGGAUAUUUUCGAAAGUUCGGCGAAGCUUGGGCCACGCCAUAUUAUACCCGACAAAUACUAGCGGGCAAUUCAGAAAUGCUUCUGUCAGUGUCCUCGUAUCAACCAUACGUCACUCGUUUCUUACGUGCGCGACCGACUUAUGCCAAGUUGAACUGGAUGAAUGAGGUCCUGGGAGAAAAUGAUUUUGGCAGGGCAUCGCAAUCACUAAACGAUUUCGCGACCAACUAUGAGCCAAAUCUGUGGAGCAAACAAGUGGAGCUUGCCAUUGGGAAACUCUCGCGGCUUGCCAUGCUCGAAAGCUCCGAGCGACAGGAUUUAAACCAACUUCAGGCGGAUAUCAAACGGUUCGAUGAUAUCUCAGAACUUUCACGCAUCCAAGAAACGUUAUAUGAUCAUAUAGCACCCGCUAUACAUGGGGCAAUUGACCAGAGCGCAGAAGUGCAAUUAGCAAACGAACAAUUCGCGAAAAUCAUUGUUCGUUCGAAACCGGCCCUUCGAGAAAGUCUUCAGCGUGGUUUGGCGAAGCUGGUCGCUAAACGCCCGGUUGAAGCAGACGAGAUGAUUGAUAUUCUGACGUUGAUGGACCCUUGCGUGAAUGAAGGGGCAGAUGGUGACAUUGUCGGCCAUGAAUUUAGCUUAGCAUUGAAAGUCCUGAGCUUAAGUGAUAUCAGCCGUCAGGAUCCCGAUUAUUGCGAGGUGCUUGAACGGAUUAUCUGGCGACGUUGCUUGAUCCGGGAUGACUGGCGUAGCAUCAACAGCACCAGGCAGAAGGGAGGCGAAGAAAUGGAAUCUGCUGUCCAGUCGACCGCAUUGUUUAAAACCCUGGAGGAUCUAGAAGGGUCUGUAAAAGGAUCUGGAGCCUCCAACCGAUUCUAUGCGCCCCUAGACAUUGCCCAAUCGACUCCAUUCCCUCACAGACUGGCCUCCCGACUCCUCCCAGAGCAACGAGCUCGUUUAUCGGACGACCUUAACGAGGAAGCCAGCUUGCUCUCCGGCUACAUUGAAGGGGGUGGGUUGGACGAUUGGUUUUCAUGGAUUGUCGGUGUGGUCAAGAAGAGAUCCUCAACACCGCGGAAAGAAUCACAAGGCUCAACUCAUUAA